AUGGCUAACGUUUGUGGGAUGAACAGUUCUCUUCACCAUGACGACGAUGCGCAAGACCAAAUUGGUUCGAUGAGCACAACACCUUCCGGUAUCGCGACGCCGCAACCUGAUCUUGCCGAUAAACGUCUCCCGGGUAUAAUGCAUAGCUUCUUUACACAGGUUGGUCCUAAUUCUGAUUAUGCUUCAGGUGUUGAGAAUCAGGGAGCUGCUUCUACGGUCUCUCCAGAUCCCGAAAGACUCGGGUCUCAGGCGCACCCUCCGCUUGAUGGGAAGCAAAAUAUAUCAGAAAAAAUAUCCUCGUUGUCUGAGUCGACGGCCAUGUUGCAGCUUGGUCAGGACUCGAGGAGCGGUGCAAGUCUGCCACCUGAGCCAAGACUCGGUUCUUUUGAAGAGAUACGGCCUUCAGAUUUUAACCCUUUGCCUACACCUCCCCAUUCCUCUUCAUCCUUUUGUUCCAUUGUGCAGAAAGACGGAGAAGAAGCAGCCAAUGGGGCGGCUGCGGCCGACAGGGGAAUGACUUCCAUUUAUCAAGCUUUGAAGAAUUUGAUCUUACCGAAAACCGCUGUGAAGCUCAGACGACACACUUCCUAUCCUGUUUCCAGUAUCACUCAUGAUUCAGUUCAUGCCUCUCAUUUCUCCAAGCCUUGUCUCCCUGAUUCUUCAACUCCUAUGGCGUCUCCUGAUAAUUCUCAAAAUAUUUCCAAGUCUUCUGAAGAACUGGUAAAGCUGACUGACAACGCGGCUACGAAUCCGCGUAUAAAGAAUACGCCCCCGCUUACCCCACGAGCGAUGUCGAACGAGGUCCAUCCAACCGACAAAAGAUCCGCGCAUUCAUUGGCCAGCUCGCCAGUCCGCAGCCAGCCUGAAGCCCGUCCAAGCGAUCGUGGUUCCGUGACCCCGACCGGAUCGUCGUCUUCUCAACAGGGAACUCUGUCAGAGGCACAUGGCCUUCCAGUUACGGCUUUAAAGGGAAAAUUGUCUGUCAAGAUCUCGGAAGGACGAGGCCUGCGCCCAAGUUACGACCCAUACGUUGUCUGCGUAUUCGAAUGGAACGAAUACAUUUCCAAGGGUGUUCACUCCGAACAACCACAGCAGAAUGAGCCCAGAAAUCGAAAUCAGCUUGAAGCGUUAGGUUCUAUGCCGAUUCAGCGGUCUAACAGUGACUCCGGGCGUCCGAUGGCCAUCCCGAUGAAAAGCAGACAGAGCAGCCAGAAUAGUGUGAUGGAUGGAUACAAUUACAGGGCAAACACUCAGGUUACAGAUCCUCAGUGGAAUCAUGAAGCCGUUUUUGAUGUUCUUGGUGUUGAAUCGGAAAUUGAUGUCUCUGUUUAUGACCGUUCCAAUCAGGAAGCUUUCCUAGGCCAUGUCAAACUACAAUUGAACUUGAGGGAAGACAAAAAGUCUCUUGCUGGGUGGUUUCCUCUUGAGGCACGCGAAGGUGACAGCCAUGUGUCUGGCGAAAUCUACUUGCAGAUGUUUUUUCAAAAAACAGAUCGGAAACAGGUUGGCCCGAACGACUUCCAGAUUCUUAAACUUAUUGGGAAAGGCACCUUUGGGCAAGUGUAUCAAGUUAGGAAGAAGGAUACACAGCGUAUCUAUGCGAUGAAAGUUCUUUCAAAGAAGGUUAUUAUCCAGAAAAAGGAAGUAGCACAUACGCUAGGCGAGAGAAACAUCCUCGUCCGCACUGCCACCACCGACUCGCCGUUCAUUGUUGGUUUGAAAUUUUCAUUCCAAACGCCCUCCGAUUUAUAUCUAGUGACCGACUAUAUGUCUGGGGGAGAGCUAUUCUGGCACUUACAGAAGGAAGGCAGAUUCCAGGAACCCAGAGCCAAGUUCUACAUCGCGGAGUUGAUCCUUGCGCUUCAGCAUCUGCACCAGCAUGACAUCGUUUACCGCGACCUAAAGCCGGAAAACAUUUUACUUGACGCUAACGGACACAUUGCGCUCUGUGACUUUGGUUUAUCGAAAGCCAACCUGACGCAGAAUGACACCACCAACACGUUUUGUGGAACCACCGAGUAUCUUGCCCCAGAGGUCCUUCUCGACGAACUAGGUUACACGAAAAUGGUGGAUUUCUGGUCUUUGGGUGUUUUAGUGUUUGAAAUGUGCUGCGGGUGGAGCCCAUUCUACGCGGACGAUACACAGCAGAUGUACAAGAACAUCGCCUUCGGAAAAGUUCGCUUCCCAAGAGACGCCCUAAGUGCGGAAGGCCGGAACUUCGUGAAGGGAUUACUUAACCGAAAUCCAAAACAUCGACUUGGCGCCAAGAACGAUGCUCGAGAACUGAUGGCCCACCCGUUUUUCGACGACAUCGACUGGGAUGCGAUGAACCGAAAGAACGUCAUUCCCCCUUUCAAGCCGAAGCUCAAGUCUGUGUCGGAUACCUCCUAUUUCGACCCGGAGUUCACCACUGCGCUUGACAUUUCUGCCUCGUUGAAUGCGCGGGCUGCGGCCCUUGCGGCAGGCGCUGCAACCGAGUCGACACCUCUGUCUCCAGGAAUGCAGGCCAAUUUCAAAGGAUUCACGUUUGUCAAUGAAAGUACCAUGGAGCAGAACAUGAGGGAUCUUCAUCACGACUCCAUGGAUGAGGACUUUAGGGAAGAUGACUCGUGGGUUAACCGGGCUCGAUCUACAGAUAGCAUGGAGUUCGAACAUCGGAUGAGCGGCGUUACGAGAAACCACGACGAGGGCGGGAUUUUCAGCGACGACUACCACUUUGAGAUGUGA